GAGACAAGAUUCAGAGGUUGAAGAUGGGGUGUCCUGGUGGACUGAAGGCAGUAUACUAACUUUACAUGGGUGACAACCUGAUAACUUCAGAACCCUGAAGUUUAAAAAAUUCUAAAGGUGCCUGUCAUCUCAGAGUGUGACGUAAGUGUUCUUUCUUUAUUUGGGGGAAGUCCAGGAGAGCAUAUUACAGCAUGUUUAAUCCACACGUAUUAGAUGUUCCUGCUGUAAUUUUUGACAAUGGUUCAGGACUCUGCAAAGCAGGCGUGUCUGGAGAGAUUGGACCCCGCCAUGUCAUCAACUCCGUCUUGGGACAUUGUAAAUUCAACAUGCCUUCAGCAAGACUUAAUCAGUACUUUGUGGGGCAAGAAGCCCUGUACAAGUAUGAGGCCCUACAUUUGCACUACCCCAUUGAGCGUGGACUGGUAACAGGAUGGGAUGACAUGGAGAAACUCUGGAAACAUCUCUUUGAGUGGGAGCUUGGAGUAAAACCCAGCCAACAGCCUGUACUCAUGACUGAGCCCUCUUUGAACCCUAGGGAAAUUCGAGAAAAGCUAGCAGAAAUGAUGUUUGAGAACUUCAGUGUGCCUGGUUUCUACCUGUCUAAUCAUGCAGUGGCAGCACUCUAUGCCUCUGCCUGUGUCACAGGUCUGGUGGUGGACAGUGGAGAUGGGGUCACUUGCGCUGUCCCCAUCUUUGAGGGUUACUCCCUGCCUCAUGCAGUCACGAAACUCUAUAUGGCAGGGAGGGACAUCACAGAGCACCUCACCCAGCUCCUCUUUGCUAACGGGUUUAACUUCCCUUGCAUACUCAACAAGGCCGUGGCAAAUAACAUCAAAGAGAAGCUGUGCUACAUCGCCUUGGAGCCAGAGAAAGAGCUACGCAAGAGUCGGGGAGAGGUCCUGGGAGCAUACAGACUGCCAGAUGGACAUGUCAUCCACUUUGGGGAUGAGCUGUACCAAGUGCCCGAGGUUCUUUUUGCACCUGACCUGCUGGGCAUCCACAGCCCGGGACUCUCAAAAAUGGUCUCCAGCAGCAUCAUGAAGUGUGACACUGACAUCCAGAAUAAACUUUAUGCAGAGAUUGUACUCUCCGGGGGCACCACUCUCUUCCCCGGACUGGAGGAAAGGCUCAUGAAGGAAGUGGAACAGCUGGCUUCCAAAGGUACUCCCAUCAAGAUCACGGCUUCUCCUGAUAGAUGCUUCUCUGCAUGGAUUGGUGCAUCCAUCAUGACCUCUAUGAGCAGUUUCAAGCAGAUGUGGGUCACCUCUGCAGACUUCAAGGAGUAUGGGACAUCUGUGAUUCAAAGAAGGUGCUUUUAAAGAUCCUUGAGCAGAGGAGACAUCUUUAAGCACCAGAUUACAGGAGUACCAGUGGGAGAUGGCAUUUUCUUCUGGGCUUCAGCAUGAUGUUCAAUAAAAGUUUUGCCAUUUCAA